AUGUCAUCCUCCAACAACGCUGCUUCCUCUUCUACCAGCAGAGUCGCUGGCAAAAAACGUGCUCGUGAGGAAUUGGAAGAAGAUAAGGGCGCGAGUCGCCAGACCUCGCCUUCACCAGACGGUCCACCUGCUGAUCCAGCGUUCCACUACGUGCCAUGGGAGCGUCCCGCCAGAGAAGUGAGCACGAUUAAGAAGCUUUUUCUGGAGAGCGAACUCUGCAAUUUCGGGGCGCGGACAGAGAUCCUGUACAUUUAUAAGGACUCUUCCUUAUAUCAAGGUGUUAUCUUGAGCACAAUCAAUUCCAUCGAUAUACAGAUAUCCAAGUUUCCCGUAAUCCGUUCUAAAGCUUCCACCCCAUGUCCCAAUGCAGUGUGCUUCAUCCACAACUACUGCAAGCAGUCGGUUCGUCCAACGCCGAUCGCUCCAAAGUGUACUGAGCGCAUUGCUCGUAAAGAGGAUCUCUAG